UCUCCCGCCAUCCACCUGCCAUUUUGGAUUGUGGUCAGGCCACUUGUCGACCACGACAACUGUUCUUCAGUGUCGGUGUGCCUAGUGCAUCCACUUUGACUGCCACUUCUUGUUGCUGCCAUGCCUUAUUAUCGUCGUUGGAGUGGCUGGAGAAAUUUUGUGCCGUAUGAACGGUUCUACUGGAGGAGGAGGAAGACUCAACCUGCUCCCGUUCAACCUGCCCCUGCUCCCCGGCCGGUGCCGGUGCCCCAAUGCGCGCCCGUUGCUCAAGAGAAACCACCAGAGAAAGUAUUUGCCAGCAAUACGAAAUGCUCCUCCUGCAAUGUACCCCUGUGCUUCCUGGAAAAGGAAAACCAAGGCGGCUCGGACAUGCAUGUCCAAUGUCACGGCUGCUCGUCGGUGAAUCUGGUGGGAACUGGCAACGUGCACCGAAGGAGACUGGGAACGCUCAAUCUUAUCAACAUCAACACCGCAGAUGCUGCUGGCUUCGCAGGCCCUCCUCAGCACGCAGGCAAAUCGCCACUCAACAAAGGGGCAACAGAUUCGCACCCAGUCUACGUGUGCAACCCCGACGACGAGGACCCGUUCUUCAAGAUAGUCUUCUAUGAUCUUGAAACGUCAGGCCUGGCCAGAAACUGUGAUAUACUCAGCCUUUCUGCAAGGAGCGGUAACACCUCCUUUAAGACUUUCAUUAAUCCUGUUCAAAAGAUUGAACCUGCUGCAACUAAAAUUCACCACCUGACUAAUAUUAAUGGUCAAUUGUAUCGCCUUGGCCAGCAUGUAGCUUCUGUACCUCUUAAAGAUGCUUUAGGUCAAUUUCUCAAGUUUCUCUUGGGACUGGGAGGACCAUGUCUCCUUGUUGCUCACAAUGGCACAGACUUUGAUAGCGUUAGAUUAGUUUUUGCUAUCAAGUGCUGCCAUUUGGUUGAUGAAUUUGGCAAGGUUGUCAAUGGCUUUGCUGAUACUCUGCCUUUAUUCUGGAGAAAGCUAAAUCGCUCCAUCAAUUGCUCCCAGGUCCAAUUAGCUGCUGAGUUCCUUAAAAUAACAGACGGUUCUGCCAAGGAUGUGGAAGCGCUCCAGAAGCUGUGCGCUCACUUUGAGUUUGAUGAAGGCCACUUUAUGGAUCCCAGAAACUAUAUCACUUACACUAAUCGCAGUAUUAGCAUUAGCAUCAACAAAGUUGAUGAUUGCAGCACCGUUACAAGCCUCAACAAAACCAAUGCUCGCAUUAUCAGCACUAGCAUCAACAAAGUUAAUGAUCAGAAGACUAGCUCAAGCAUCAACAAAGUCAAUGAUAGCAAUAGUAGCACAAGCAUCAUAAAAGUGAAUCACAGCAAUACAAGCACAAGCAUCAACAGAGGCAAUGUUCCUAUUGUAAAAAUUGUUUUUUAUGAUCUUGAAACAUCAGGCUUGGGCAAAACCUGUGAUAUACUGCAGCUUGCUGCACGGUGUGGUGACAGUUCUUUCCAGACCUUUGUUAAUCCAAUCAAAAAAAUUGCAGCUGCCGCUACUAAAAUUAACCAUAUGACUAAUGUAGAUGGCCAGUUGCACCGUCGUGGUCAGCUUUUACCUUCUGUGCCCAUUAAGGAAGCUUUAGAUAAAUUUUAUGAGUAUCUCUCAGGACUAGGAGGACAGUGCCUAUUAGUUGCUCACAAUGGCAUAGAGUUUGACAGCCUAAGAUUGGCUUAUUGGAUUAAGCGUCAUCGCUUGGUUGACAAAUUCAGUAAUGUAGUCAAUGGCUUUGCUGACACCCUGCCUUUGUUCAGGGCAAAGUUAAGGCGUUUUGACAGGUGCUCACAGACCCACUUGGCUGCUGAGUUCCUCCAAAUAUCUGAUGAAGAUGCCCAUGAUGCUGUGAAUGAUGUGGAAGUCCUUCAGAAGCUGUCUUCCUGUUUCAACUUUGACCAGGGUCAUUUCAUGGGCCCUAACAGUUACAUGACUUAUGCUGCUCUCUUCAAAUAGCUAUGUAUCUUUUUGUACUGUUCUAUAUUAGUUUUUAAAUUACUUCUACUUCAUAAUUUUUAAUGACUUUUUUCUUUGCCAAAUGUAAUGUUAAUGAAUCAUAACUGCUCACUAUGCCUUGAUUUGUACAACUCAUUGUUGUAAACUGACAAAUGUGGCUGCAUUAGCUUGAUUCUUAGUAUUUUUUUAGUACAAAGGUUUUAUACU